AGCGAACUACGCUUCCCAGCCUGCUCCGCUGCGGCCGCGCGCCGAUACGCAGCUCGGGGGCCGCGGGCCGGGGGCCGCCUGUUGAUCGCCGAGCUCGCCCGGCACGGCGCCGCCCUUUUCGCCCCGCCUGGCUUUCUCCCGGACUACGGACUGACAGCCCGCGCCGCGGCUCCGGAAUGGGCGCUCCCGCAGUGUUCUGAAGUCUCAGGAAGCUGGCCCAUUUAAAUGUUCCCGGUCCACGAGAAAGGCAUUUAAGAAGCCAUGGCACUCCCUUUUCAAAAAGAGCUGGAAAAAUACAAGAACAUUGAUGAAGAUGAGCUUCUUGGCAAACUCUCAGAAGAGGAACUGAAGCAGCUGGAAAAUGUACUUGAUGACCUAGGUCCUGAGAGUGCACUGCUGCCAGCUGGAUUCCGACAGAAAGACCAGACACAGAAAGCAGCCACCGGCCCGUUUGACCGCGAGCACCUCCUCAUGUACCUGGAGAAGGAGGCUUUGGAACAAAAAGACAGGGAAGACUUUGUGCCCUUCACUGGAGAAAAGAAAGGGAGAGUCUUUAUCCCCAAAGAAAAGCCCGUAGAAACUCAUAAAGAAGAAAAAGUGACCCUCGACCCAGAACUGGAAGAAGCUUUGGCCAGCGCCUCUGACACUGAACUCUACGACCUUGCAGCUGUUCUUGGAGUACACAAUUUGCUCAACAAUCCAAAAUUUAAUGAAGAAACGACCAGCACUACCAGUGGCAAAGGGCCUGUAAGAAAUGUGGUCAAAGGGGAAAAGGUCAAACCAGUAUUUGAGGAACCACCUAAUCCCACAAAUGUGGAAGUAAGUCUGCAACAGAUGAAAGCCAACGAUCCCAGCCUGCAAGAAGUCAACCUCAACAACAUCAAGAACAUUCCAAUUCCAACCCUGAAGGAAUUUGCAAAGGCUCUGGAGACCAACACUCACGUAAAGAAGUUCAGCCUGGCCGCCACGCGCAGCAAUGACCCUGUGGCAAUUGCUUUUGCAGAUAUGCUGAAAGUAAACAAGACCUUGAAAAGUCUAAACAUAGAAUCCAAUUUUAUCACUGGAGCUGGGAUCCUGGCCCUGAUCGAGGCCCUGAAAGAAAAUGACACCCUGACAGAGGUCAAGAUCGACAACCAGAGACAACAGUUGGGAACGGCUGUAGAAAUGGAAAUUGCCCAGAUGCUCGAGGAGAAUUCAAGGAUCCUCAAGUUUGGAUACCAGUUUACCAAACAAGGGCCAAGAACAAGAGUGGCGGCUGCCAUCACAAAGAAUAAUGACCUGGUUCGUAAGAAGCGAGUUGAAGGAGACCGAAGGUAAACUUUCACAAGAGGAGAAGUUUCACCAAGGCAGCUGUUGUAUGGCCAUUUAAAAACAAACAAAAACUCCUCUUUCCCAGUCAGGACCAUUUUAUCAAAGGUUGUUCAUUUCCGUUAACCAUACAACUAAUAAUUUAAUUGUUCUUUUUUUAGCACUACUUAUUUAUCUUGGAUAUUUAAUAUUUACAAUUGUUUUAUUUGCUUGUGGGCACCUCUGGCAACUUGCACAAGUACACUCAUGCAGAUCUUAGUGAGUGACAACAAACAAAAAUUAUUUUAACCACUUUCAUAUCAGGUUGUCUUGCUUUUAUUACAUGAACUUUUUUUAAAAUCACUGAGUUUAGUAUAUAAAAUGUGUUUUUAACUGUGGUUUUGAUAGAGACCUAGCUCUGUUUACAUGCAUAGCUUUGAGUUAGGCUGAAUGCAUUAGAAUAUUCUGCUGACCAUAUAAGAAUUUAGUAUUGCCAAUCUUUCUCUGUAUGAGAAAAUAUAACCAACUUAGCACAAAUUCUCCCUUGGUUACAGACAAAUCAUUAAGUGCACAUACCCCAUUGAUUGAAGAUCAGUGGUGUCAUCUCUGUAAAAGCAAGACAGCGUUAUAAUACUUUUGACACAGCAUUAGCAAAUAAGUAUGUAAUAUUUAUUGACCCAUGAAUAUAACUUCUGCCUAGACUUACAAAUAGCACAUCCACCUUUACUGACUAUUCAACAUAAAUUGGAUCUUUAUGUGAGUCUAAUGGAUAACUAUUAACAAAGCAGUUUUAAAAUUUUCCAGACAUGAUAGGAAAUUUUUAAAUUUUUGCAAGAAGAAGGUUUUGAAACAGUACAUUCUUAAAUAAAACCAUAAUAAUUGCACCUUAAUCAAAGUUGUCUAACAUGCAUGAUUGCAUUAUUUUGGCAAAUUUUAUAAGCAUUUACUGUGUUAUCUGUCAAGAGCACAGAAGGAGAUGUGAACAUUUGGGUAAUUCUAUUAUGUUUUGUUCACAUGGUGUGAUCCAGCCAGACAUUUGCAAACAUCAGGAAAAAUGUGAAUUAUGACUUAUCCAGAUGUUUGUCUUCUACAACUGAGAUGAUUGCAUUUUAGUGUACAUUAAUCUUUUAACCUAGCAUGCAACACUAAGUGAGAGUAAACUAUGACUGUACCCUUUAGCUGAUGCUUGAUAACUAUCAGUACACUCUGUGACACUGCCUUAGGGACUUCUUGCUCUCUGCCUCCCUUCUUACCUUCCUUCUUCCUUCUCAUUCUCUUUUUUCUUCUCUUCUGUAAUUCUGAGCCUUACAAAAUGACAUCCCUCAUGCCGAUGACACCUUGAGCUAGAGACACUGCUGACCCAGGCAGAAGGCAGGCCUAGUCCAGAAUUUAUUUAGUAACUGAAUGUUCCUGAGUUGCUUGGUAGCAGUAAAACUAGUUAAUGGAAAAAUAAUGAGUAUAUUAUUCCAUUUAGCUUAUAAAGUACAUGGAUACUGCUUAGGAUAGCCUUUUAAAAACUAGACAUUUAUCUGUAUUACAAGUACCCACAUCUACGUUUCCAAAAUUCUUUGAAACAUAUCAUUGUCUUGAGAAUUUUUGCAUUUAUGGGGAGAAUAAUGAGCAAAACAUGCUAACAUUUUUGAAAACCUAAAACUCUUAGUUUACUGCCACAUCUCCCUAUCUACGUAAAAAAACAAGUAAAUACUAUUUGAUUUAGCCUGAUAUUCCUUUCCCUCUCACCCUUUAGUUGGAGCCAACUCUUACAGGCUUGCCAAUUGUUAAAUUUUCAAGAAUUUGCAAGCUGGCUGUUUAAAUACAGCUGUCAAUAAAAAGUGUAUUACAUAAACUCACAAUUAUAUGAUAUAUAGUAAAACCAAAAGUAAUAAAUACUCAAAAAUACUGCAAUUAACUAUUUCUUUGCUCUCAAGAUGAUUUCCAUCUGCUGUAGCUGGAUGGUGGAAACACUACAUAAUGGUGUGCUACUGUACAUCUAUUCCCAGCUCCAUGUUCAGGAACUUCUUGUUGGUAGCUUGAAAUUGUCCACAGUGGGAAUAUUUACACCUCAGAGAUGGAAAUUAAUAAAUGUUACAAGUUAGGGCUUUUAUCCCCCUAGAUAGUUGUUAAACAUUCAUCAGCACACCACUGGGUGAAAUGUAUAAAACAUGUUUUUUGUAUACAUAGCUUUUGCUUACCAUAUUGUGAAAGAGAAGAAAACUUCUCUUGGCUCUCUUUUCUCCUAUCCUUUUAGGUUUGCUGCAGACGUAUUUAAGUAUGUAGUCACUGAUCUACCCCUCCAAGUAAGCCUUUUUUUCUUUUCUUCUCUUCUCACUCAUUCUUUCCUGCCUUUUCCCCUAAAAAAUCUGUGCUCUCCAGAGUAUUCGCUGGAGCCAUGGUGCUGUGGACUGGGGGCUAACACAGUUGCUGACAAGCCUUGACAAAAAACAAACAAAUCAGAAUUUUGGCCAUGACUGUUUCUGUUGGACAAGCAGUCAUUGAUAAUAUCCAAGCAAGGUAAUGGGAUAUUAUCAAAACGUCAGACUGGUUUUAGCUUGUAAAAUCAUUUGGUCACAUGUAAUGGAGGCUAAGAAAUCACACAUUUUAUUACUAAACAGUGUACCUUAUCAUUACCCAUGUUUUUAAAAUAGCGUGAAAGGUGACAUUUCCAUGAGUACUCAUAUAUUAAAAAUAACUCUUAGGAGAUAAACUUAGAUUUUUGGAAACUUGUACAUCAUUUAAUUAUUCCGGGACACCAUCUCCCCAUCUGCCUGAAAUACGUUAAGUGGAAGCUUUUUCAUGAUCAUGAACUGAUUGGUUCCUUACCAUUGUGAUUCAUUGUGAUGGGGCAUAAUGUAUAUAAAAUAUUUUUAUACAUACAUGUUUUGACAAAUAUUAUGUUGAGAUAUGUCUGGACCACUGAAUGAUGGGGAACACUGUCUCCCCAGGCCCACUUUCUUCCCCUUUUAGAGUUGUGCAGGCCCAAGGCAAGUGUAAAAUCAUUCACUGGGUCUUGCGGGCUCAUAUCACCAACACCUAUCACAGCACGUGUGGAAGAUGACUUUUAGAAGAUAAGUUUUGGGAGUCUAGAAAUCAUAUAAUUAGUCCAACAUUCCAUCUCCCAUCUGCAUAGAGUGUGUAAUGGAAGAUGUUUUAUCCUCAUCAGCAUAAUAAAGUUCCUUCCUUUUA